CUUCUUCUUCUUUUCUUGACCAUGGCUCUCUUCCGCUAUCCCCUGUUCCUGACUCCACUGGCCUUCUUAGGCUCAAUUCCUUUGUAGUAUUGCCAUUGCUUCCCUUCUCCCCCAGAAAAAAAAAAAGGUCACCUCCAUUGGCAUUUGGAAACAAAGCAAGCACUGGGUCACAUCAUCUGCCCGCCAGCGACCGCGCCCGCGCCCGGCGAUCCUUUCCCUCUACCUCUCUUCCACUGAAAGCUUGCUGCUGGGCGAAGAAGUGCAUCAUCGCAUCAUCAUGUUCUGAUCCACCCGCCCGCUCAAUUCUAGACAACCAACCUUCUCUUGCUCUGGCUCCCAAGCUACCAGUCCACAGCCACCGGUCCACAAGCGGCCGUCAUUCUUAAAAAGCUCAUCGUUGCAUCCCUCCUCUUCCCUUCUCCCAAAUUGCCCUUUUUUUUCCUUUUUCUUUUUCUUUUUCUUUUUUUUUUCUUUUCGCUUCUGCAGAGAGUCACUCUAGCCACGAGAACCUGCAAGUAUGGGUCUGUUCCGCUCGACAGAGAGGCCCGAUCUGCCCUCCGUUCACCUGGGCCUUCCGCCGCGCUCCCUCCUCAGAUUCCCUCCCGGCUCCCAGCCAGGGACGAUCCCCGCUCCCCCGGUCGAACGGUCGUGGCUGCAGCCCUUCACCAUCCCCCCAAAGCUGUACAACGACGCCCUGAAGGUGCAGGUCCCCAUCACAAUCGCCCUCGUCUACGCGACCACCGUCAUCCUCCUCAACCGCAUCAACAAGAAGAGAGGCAAUAAGCCGUGGGCCAUCAGCAAGACCAAGCCAUUCCACCUCUUCGUCGUCCUGCACAAUGUCUUCCUGGCGGUGUACUCGGCGUGGACCUUCCUCGGUAUGUUGGACGCUUUCCGCGAGUCGUGGCCCGCCCGCUCCGAGAUGCACGGCAGUGGCCUGGUCAACGUCGUCGACGCCUUCUGCAAGAUCAACGGCCCCCGGGGCCUUGGGAAUGCUGCCGUCUACGACACCGACGCCGGCUCGUGGACUAUCUUCAACCCUGAGUACAAGUUAGGACCUGGAAAUGUUCCCGAUCCGACGGACGUCGGCAGGCUCUGGAAUAAGGGCCUCGCCUUCUUUGGCUGGAUCUUCUAUCUCUCCAAGUUCUACGAGGUUCUGGACACCGCCAUCAUCCUCGCGAAGGGGAAGAAGAGCUCCACCCUGCAGACUUACCACCAUGCGGGCGCCAUGAUGUGCAUGUGGGCGGGUAUCAGGUUCAUGGCCGCUCCCAUCUGGAUCUUCGCGCUCGUCAACUCCGCCAUCCACGCACUCAUGUACACCUAUUACACCUUGACCGCCCUCAGUGUUCGAAUCCCAGUUCGAAUCAAGAAAUCUUUAACCACGAUGCAGAUCCUGCAGUUUAUCUUCGGCACCUCUCUUGCUGCCAGCCACCUCUUCAUAUACUACUCUAUUCCAUUCCCCGUCCCUCAUGCGGUGGCCCUGCGCCCGUUGGCAUCGGUCAUGCCUUCUGUCGCUGGGGCUGCCAACGAGAGCCAAGCUGGGGUAGGUUCGUGGCUGAAAAAGCUCGCACUUCGCGCUGCCGGUCAUGAAGGCGUAGCUGAGAACAUCGUGAACUCAAACGGCACGCUCUUUGGACCCGACGGCAUGCAGGCGGCUCAGGCAGCCCUGGGCAAGCAAGAGAUCCGCUACGCUCUGCAGUCUCGAACCUUCACCUGCAUGGACACCAGCGGACAAGGCUUUGCCAUAUGGCUGAAUGUGUUUUACCUCCUGCCUCUGACUUGGCUGUUUGCACGUUUCUUUAUCCGCUCAUACCUCCGCCGCACCGAGACCUCGGCGAAGCGCUCCCUGACCGACAGCCUCGCCGCUGAGAAGGCGGGACUCGACGCGCUCAAAGGUGUCACCCGCGAGAUCCAGAAUGCUGUCAUCGAGAUGCACGGCGAUGGAAACGGCACCACGGACAACGAGUCAGGGGCCAGCACCCCGCAGCACCCAGAGGCGUACGAAGCAAACGUCGAGAAUAUCAUGAGCGCGAGGCAGGCUCGUGCAGAACGACGAUACAGCGCAACCACCAAGCACCCAGUGGGCAUCAGUCUCGCAAAGGGAGAUUCGGCCGGAACGCGGACGCCCGUGGAUCCUGCCGCCUAUGAGGCCAACAUCGAGGAUAUCAUGACGCGGAAGCAGCAGGGAGUGGAAGAGAAGGCCCACCGUGUGGCCAAGCACCCGGAGCCGCCACACCUAUCGCGUAGCAGCAAGGAGGGGAUCCGGACGCCACUGAACGAGAGAGGAUACGAGGCAAACUUGGAGGACGUGAUGUCCCCGGCGCAGAGGAAGCUCGGCGGGGGCCAGGCUUCUUCAGAGCCAAAGGGGAAGACCAUGGAGGCGCCGUGGGUCCCCGUUCGCGGCAGCAAAGCUGGAAACAAGAAGGGCACCAAGGCCGGAGGCAAGACGGGGGCGUCGUCGUCCUCGUCGUCGUCGUCGCCGACCAAAGGCAGCGGGUUCAAGGUCCUCGCCGAUGAACACGUGGGGACUGCUUGAGAAAAAUCAUUAGUGGUCCCGGGACGAGGCGGUUGAGCAAGUUCUCGUU